AUGGCCAGCACCACGCCGCCGCCGACCCGGCGCGAGAGCAAUGCCACAGCCCCAGAUGUGCCCAUAUCACGCUCUUCUGUCAGCGCAAGCGUCAGCGUCUCGCUGUCCCCCAACUACGGCUCCGACUCGAGCGAAGAUGGCCUGCGCAUGACGCCUGCCGAGGCCCGUAGGUUUGCCCGCCGCAACCUGCGCCGCUCCUCGGCCACACCCGACCUCGUCACGAGCCUUGUGCGUCCGCCCUCGCCCGAGGCAUUCUACAUCACGCCCGAGAUUCACGGCCGUAUGAGACACGGGGGAGCCAUGCGCGGUCUGCGCCGCCGCACGUCGGGGUCGCUGGCUGCUGGUGCAGGCACCGGUGGUGGUGCUUCGACAAUCAACCCGGAUCGCCGCUCGGGACCCCUACUCCCGCCGCACAAGUCGUCUCUCGACAUACCAAAGCGGUACGGCGGGCUGUGUGUAUUUGACAUGUAUUCGCUGUCCUACGUUGCCGAGCCCGACACGAACUUGCUGUGCCCGAUUUGCCACGACCCGCUUGUCGACCCGGUCACGACACCGUGCGACCAUACAUUUUGUUACCGAUGCAUUCGACGGAGCAUAUCGUCAAGCCCGUCCGGGACAGCCUGUCCCAUCGACCGAGAGCCGCUUUUUUGGGCGGACUGCUUCAGCGCGGCCCGACUUAUUCGCACGCAGCUUAAUGCGCUGGUGGUAAAGUGCCCGUACACCAGCAGAGGAUGUACAAAGGAAUUGCGCAGGGAAAUGAUAGAGAAGCACGCCACCCACGAAUGCCGAUACCGAGACUACUAUUGUCCCGACAAGGACUGCACCAAGAAGCUAUCCUUCAAACCUACCGACGACAUGUGCCAUCACAAAGAGACAUCCUGCACGGCGUGCUUGGAAAAGAUUGAAGAGGUUGAUGCUGAGCUGCACUUAUUAUCUUGCGUCAAGACCAAGACAAGAUGCGAAGCGUGCUGGGAUUUGGUUGUGCGAUCACAUAUGGACUCCCAUCGCGACCUGGAAUGCGACGGAGUCGAAGUUGGAUGCCCUUAUCAGAAUCUUGGCUGUCCAGCUCGUAUUAUGCGUGGGCAGAUAGGCGCCCACACGGUUUGCUGUCCUUUUCACCCAGAAACACCCUCGGGUAUCAUCAUUCGCUCGCAGCGCGACGUGAUCCAAUCGUAUGGCGACCUUAGUAGCCAGCUGCGCGAUCUUCACACCCGACAGGCUGAAACGACGCGGAAACUGGAUGAAAUGUCGGUCAACCGUCGUUUCGGAGGCAGCGCCCCCGGCGGCAUCGGCCCUGCGAGCUCCGCUGCCGGUGAAUCAGCCAUCAGCGACAGCCGAACGAUGCAGGAUCUGGACGCCGGCUUCGAGGAAGUCCAUCAGAACCUGACACACCUCGAGGCCCGGCAGAGCAUGUGGACCCUGAACCAGGUCAUGCCGAUCCGGGAGGAGGUGACGGAACUCCGCAACAACAUCAACAUGAUCCGCAUGCACGUCAACUGGCUGCUGAACCGAAGCCGCGAAGAGGGCCGUAUUCGAGCGGCCAACAACACGGGCGCGGCAGCGGCGGCGGCCUCGGCGGGCAUACGCAGGAAUAGCGCGGGAGAGGGCAUCCCCAUGCUGCAGGAGAGGAGGCGAUCAUCGGGCAUGGACGCGGAUGUGCCACGACUGUAA